AUGGCGGCGACCGGGUCAGGAGGAGGGGCAGCCGGGACCACCGUAGGGCAGGCAGCGGUCGAGCGAGUGGGCCCCGAUGCUGAAGGGCCUCGUAAUGGGCCCGGGCUGCUACCGAAUCUGAAGGCUGAGGAGAUCGCGGCCAUACGGGGUAAGGCGAAGAUGUCGGGCUACGACAACGUGGUCCAGAAUCCGUGUUUCAACCCAAUGGGCUCACAACCCAUGGAGCGUGAGAUGGGCCGAGUGCAACGGGCCGGGGGCGGGUUCGAUCGGGCAGGCGGGGCAGAUCGGGUCAUGGUGAACUGGGGGCCAAAUGGCCGAACCGGAUCGGGCUUGGUCGAAGGCAUUCGGACCGGGGCUGGGUGGACCGAAUUCGGUUGGACCGUUGACGGGUGGACCGAGGAGGGUCGACCCGGGGCAGGGUGGACCACCAAUGGCCAAAUCGGGGUGGGCGGCCCAAAAGCGAACCCCACCGGUUCGGGUUGA